ACAGCAAAUUCUCUGUAACUCCUAAACACAAUCUGAUCAUUACCAUCAAACCAGCAGAGCUAAAGAACAUGGCUGCAGAGGUAGAAUCACUGGCUAGUUCGGUCCAAGAACUGUCCAUGAACCGCAAUGGACCUCCAUCAAGAUACCUCUUGAAGGAUGGUAUUGGAUUGAAUGGUGACUCUUCCUUUCCAGUGCUGGAUAUUCCAGUUAUUGAUCUUGGUCUGCUUGCUUCGUCUUCACCAGAGAGUGAAGAGCAACUUGACCGGCUCCGGUCUGCUCUCAGCUAUUGUGGUUACUUUCAGGCAAUAAAUCAUGGAGUUGAGAGUUCAUUUCUCGACCAAGUGCAUGAUCUUACCAGAGAAUUCUUUCAACUUCCAAUGGAAGAGAAGAAGAAAUACUCCAGAGAUGCAAAUGGCAUAGAUGGAUAUGGGAAUGAUGUAGUUUACUCAGAGAAGCAAACUCUUGAUUGGAAUGACCGUCUGUAUCUCAAUACUCUCCCCAUAGAAAUCAGAAAACUCGAAAAGUGGCCCAAAAAUCCUGAAAAGUUUAGUGAAAUGCUAUGUGAGUAUACUACAAAAUUACAAGGUAUAAAUGAGAUCAUCCUCAAGGGCAUAGCAAAGUCAUUGAACUUGGAAGAGAACUGUUUUGUGAAACAGUUUGGGAAAAAGCCAACAACUUUGGCAAGAUUUAACUUGUACCCUCCAUGCCCAACCCCUCAUCUUGUUCUUGCUGCAAAAGCACAUGGAGAUGCAUCAGGAACUACCUUUCUUCUGCAAGAUAGAGAAGUGGAAGGCCUUCAAUUCCUGAAAGAUGAUCAAUGGUACAGAGCUCCCAUAAUUCCUGAUGCUAUUGUCUUCAAUGUUGGUGAUCAACUUGAGAUAAUGACCAAUGGCAUAUACAAGAGCCCAAUCCACAGGGUUGUGACAAACAAAGAGAGAGAAAGGAUCACUGCUGCUUUUUUCUUUGCUCCUGAUCCAACAAGUGUGGUUGAACCGGCAGAAGGGCUGAUUGAUGAGAACAGGCCAAGGCGUUACAAGAAAAUUGUUGAUUACACUGCUAAUUAUUUUGAGUUCUUCCAGAAGGGCAUGAGGCCAAUUGAUGAUUUGAAAAUUUGAUGUUUUUUUAAUGGUUUCAUGUCAAGUGGGUAUGUGGGAAGGUAAUAUAAGAGAUGUUAUGGACCACACCCACUGCCUAGAUCUUCUUGCCAAUCUCUAGAAUAAAAAAACUAUUGUGUGGGUGUGGGGGUGGGGGUAUUAUUGUGUUCUAUGAUCUCAAAGUUUUCUUUGUUGCGUGUCUGUGUGCGUUUAUUAUCAUAAUCAUGACAAGAUAGGGUUCUUGGGCCCAUUGAAAUGGCUGAACAGAAAUUUGUAUCAACUUCAUAUUUUGAUGAUUUAAUGAAGCUCUGAUUUGAAUUCCAAUAAAUUAUCGACUUAUUUAGUCAAUAAGAACUCUGAAACUUUUUUUAAGGUCUGUAUAAU